UUAAAGUAACGACAAAACAUCUUCUAAAAGUAGUUCAGUAAUAACGUUAUAGUUUUCUAACCACACCACUUAGAAGGACGACGUUCUGGUUCUGUCAAAUUUGACAGUUUGUGUUAAACACUGUGAAGAAGUGUGUUAAAAUUUUUUUAAUAAAAUUGUCACAAAAAUUGUGACCUUUUUCUUUAGUUGCAGUGGGGCCUUCAAUAAUAUUGAAGGAUAAGAGGUCAAGACGGGUAACGAAAUGUCAGCCUCGGCCAUGGAAAAACACCUUUUCAAUUUAAAAUUCGCCGUGAAAGAGUUGGAAAGAAACUCAAAACGAUGUGUCAAAGAGGAGAAGCAAGAGAAAGCGAAAACAAAACAGGCUAUACAGAAAGGAAACCAUGAAGUCGCGCGAAUACACGCUGAAAACGCUAUUCGACAAAAAAAUCAAUCUAUUAAUUACUUAAGAAUGUCGGCUAGAGUUGAUGCUGUGGCUAGUAGGGUACAAUCAGCUUUAACAACACGAAAAGUCACCAGUUCAAUGGCCGGUGUGGUUAAAGCAAUGGAUGCUGCAAUGAACAGUAUGAAUCUAGAAAAAGUAUCUAGUUUAAUGGAUAAAUUUGAACAACAGUUUGAAGAUCUUGAUGUUCAAUCUGGUGUUAUGGAGAAUGCUAUGUCUCAAACCACUACAACAACGAUUCCUCAAAAUGAAGUUGAUAGCUUAAUGCAAGAAGUUGCUGAUGAAGCUGGUUUGGAAUUGAAUUUGGAAUUACCUCAAGGUUUACCAGCAUCAAGCGUAAGCAGUGCUACGGCUAUGUCUCAGGAACAAGAUGAAUUAACACAAAGAUUAGCACGAUUGAGACAAGCCGAAUAGUAAUUUAAUCAGUUUCAGCAAAAUGUUAUGUGUAAGGCUAUAAAUAGGAACACAAAAAAUGUUAAGAAGCCAAGAAAACAGCUUGAGGCUUUAAUAGAACGUGUCAAUCUAUGGUAGUAGAUGUAAAUAAUGGAAUCAAAAAGAUGUUAAAAUGUUAUUAAUGAUUUUAAAAAUGUAUUAAUUUUAAGUUUUAAAUAUAUUAUGGAUUAUUUUGUAAUAUUAAC